GCAUUUGUCAGUGUAAGUUCAUAUGUUGUAUUUUUAAUUCUAGUAUCUACAUGUAAUUUCUUUUUUUGAGGAACUAUUAAUUUAUGUGCUAUGUAGGUGUGCAAUGGAAGUUUGCUAAUGAGUUUUGUGUUUUUUGAAGUCUGUGUUGCUUCCUGAUGGAACACCGGAUGUGCACUUUCGAGUAGCUUGUGGUGGGCAAAAACUUAGGGACAUUAUGUUGGAUUCUAAUAUUGAAUUGUAUGGACCAUAUUCCAGACCUCUGCUAAAUUGUAGGGGAGGAGGAACUUGUGGGACAUGCAUUGUAGAGGUCGUUGAAGGGAAGGAGCUACUAAACCCUCGAACAGACAAAGAGAAGGAAAAACUUAAAAGGAAUCCAAAAAAUUGGAGGCUUGCUUGUCAGACUACGGUUGGAAAACCAGAUUCGAGAGGCUUGGUUGUAAUCCAACAACUGCCUGAAUGGAAAGGGCAUGAAUGGAAUUAUAAUAAAGAACCUCCUUCAGAAUCAGAACCCUGAGAUUCAUUCAUUCAUUCAUUUAAUUAAUGUACUUUCUUUUGUUUUACUAACUAUAUACU